GAACCGUCUGCGUCGACCACCGAGCUAGCGAGCACCCACCCUAAGCUUGCCAAGAUCACGUCCGGCCCGUACUCACCAGGUUGAUAUUGUCAUUUCCGGCGUCCAGCCCAUCUAUCUAUACACGCACCCAGCUCUUUGUCGCAGGCCCAAGCCGCAUUCGCAUUGUCCCCGGAUCCUCACCCUCGGGCUCGCUCCUGGUCCCACCGCGCUGCCACUGCACACCUGGACAAAUGGCCCUCUUCCUCUUCCGGCGGGGUGUAUGACGGCCGGGUAUGCCACUUCUUUGGCGCCCGAGAGUUAACCAGACACCUCGAUAGCUGCAGCGUCGCCUACGACAUGGCACUGCUCAACCCGACCUUUGUUUGCGGCGUCCUCGUCCUCCUCUAUCUGUCCACAUUCGUCCUUUUCGCCGUCCUCCGCAUCAUCACCGGCGUCUCCGUCCAGCGCAUCGGAUACUUCUCGCUGCGCCGCCUCGCCUACACCCCGCGAGACGGCCUCAAGAUAGAGAUCCGCGGCCUCGGCCUCAACGUCCACCGCCCGACCUUUGCCCAGCCGACCUGGCUUAGCAUUGUUGUGAAAGAGCUCGUCGUCACUGUCGAUAUCCAAGUUCUCGAGGGCGGCAAGGCCGGCAUCGGUACCGCUUCCCACGAUGACGACGAUGACGACGAAUAUGGCCAGGGCGAAGGCCCCCCAAGCCGGCUGGCCCGACACGACACCACUCCCCGCCCGUCCGCACCGCACCCCGGUAUCACCCGCCGAUCUACUGGAGGCCCUCCGCGAAGUGAGCUGUGGAAGCGGCUGACGCGACUCAAGGAGCGCAUCAAGAGGCUACACCGGAAUGUCAACUGGCUGCGCAUGGUCGAUGUUGUGGCCACCAGCUCGGGCUUGAAUAUCGUCGGGGUGGGGAAUGUUCAGGUUGGGAGCUUGACCGUUGCUGUCGACACGCGGCGAAAGAUGGUGGAUCGCGCUCGCUUCUUCCUGCAGUCUAGGGGUCGCAGGCGACAGGAGAAGCACCAGGCCGAGUGGAUCACGACCCUCCGCAGCGUCUUGUUUACGCCAGAGGGGAGGGAGUCGAUGGAAAUACUGGACAAUGCAACUCUCAACGUGCACGGCUUCCUACAUGACGCAUCUGAUGGGCUCCAAGACGCUGCCGUUGCCCUCAAGCUCGGCCGCAUCCACCUCCCCUACGACGAAAUACAGCUCUGCGCUGAUCUCUACAAGCAGUGCCGCAGCCGCGCUGCUCAGACCCCCGCCGACGCCGGUGGCGGGCUCGGGUCGGUGGACGAGAUCAUGCAGGAGAUAGAAAUCCCAGGGAGCACCGAUCAGGAACUCAUGCAAACCGUCUCCGACUCCAAGGAGUUUGUCAGCUCCCUGCUCAGGGGCAUCAAAGAGGUCCAGUUCGCUGUCAGCUUUGUCGGCCUGACCAAGAAGAUCGAGCACGUCAAGACGACGGGCGCCCCGGUCCUUCUCAAUGCCUCAAUGAAGGAGGUCGGCAUAGACCUCCACCGCUUAGACCCAAAGUCGCCGGCCCAUCGCAUGUAUUUUCCCUCCACGGACAUUGCUCACGAGGCUCUGAUGGCCGCCCUCUCCAUAUCCAUUGGAGUUGACGACGGUCAGGGGGCCCCGCAGCGACUUGCCUACAUCCCCAUGGCCACCACAACCGUCCGGACCACCCUGCCGUCCAAGACGGUAGAGCUGUCGGGCCAUGGGAGUGCCGAGCAGCGGAACGCCAAUAUCCUCUUUGCCAACUCGGUUGUCACCUCUCCCUCGGUUGAUCUCGACCCGAGCCACCUGCCACUGCUGCUCGCCAUGUUGCGGCCACGAUCCCGCAAGCCAGGUGCCCGGAACAAGAAGCGCCAUAUCCUCAUAUCGCGACUGCUGCCUAAGGCUAGCAUCAAGUUCACCAUGCACGAGCCCGUGGUCCGCAUCUCGCUGCCGCCCGUGCAGAAGCAGGCUGACCCGGACGAUUUUGACCUCAUCAUCUCAUCCAUAUCCUCGAUAUCCCUCGAUAUGGAGUCCUUCCACUCGGCAGUGGAGGACCUCCACUACUCGCUUGCUUCAUCCAUGCGGAUACAAACACAUAACCUCUACUACCAGACGGCCUCGGGAAGCCGCUUUGACGUGCUCGAAACGGAGUCCUUUGACCUGAAAAUACAGCUGGGCGCAUCCCCCGACGUCCAUGUCGUGGCCACGGGGAAUCUGCAAACGUUCGCAUUCAAAAUGGUGCGCCCGGAGAUCAGCGAUGGGCUCCAUCAGAUUGCCAGGCAGCUGCGCCUCAAGACCGGACCCGAAGGGCACGUGUCUUCGAGCAGGCCGAAGCAAAACUUCUUGCGUGCCAUGCCGUCGUGGCUUCUCCACUUCCAGAUCCAAGCGUCGGAUUUUAGCAUCGAGGUUGCGGGCAUAGAUGAGGACAUAUCGGAGAAUUCUCGUGGAGUAGCCCUGCACUUGGAGUCUUGGUCGGCCGAGUAUCGCGCGCAGAGGCUCGAUGGCCUGCAGCGUCAGCCGUCUCGCCGUCGGGCCAGCAGCCGGGCCAGCUCAAUGACCGAGGCUGACCUGCUCAAGACCGUUCCCCUGUCCCCGCGCAAGAGGUUCCAGAAUGCUGGCGAUGGCCGUCGCAUUGCCGUGCACGUCAGGGGGCUGGAGGCGUUCGUGGUUGAAUCCUCAGAGAAAGGGGAGGUCGACCCGUUUGUCAACAUGCCCAGGUUCGAGGUGGCAUGCUCAACUCUCAGCGACAACCAAGGCCCGGUGUUCCAUCUACAUUCCAACGUACGCACACUUCUGGUGCAAUACUCGCUCUACCGCCACUAUGCGGUCGGGGUUGCGACCAUGGUUUUGCGGAAAGCCUUUGCACGCCCGAGCCAUGGCCCCGGCGAUGAUCCCGCGCCCAGCUCGGGCGGCGCACCCGCCAAGACUACCAACGACCUCCUGAGUCCGCCGACGUCUUCUGACUAUCUCUCAGGUGGCGAUGACGCACAUGGGAAACCGGCCAAAGAGCUCGUGGCCAUCGAUGUGAAGGCUGCUCUUGUGCAGAUCAAGGCAGAUAUGCCAGCCGAUCCCCCUAUAAUGCUGCAGAUCCACGGGCUGGAGGCCGGCCGUCACCGCUGGUCCCCUCCCUUCUUCCAUUCCAAGCUCAUCAGGCUCUACGCCGAGGCGCCCCGGAUGCGGCGUGUCUGGGCGAGGGUUCUGAGCGUGAAGAAUGGCCGCCUGGAUUACCGCGAGUCGCGCAAGAAGCUGGCUAGCGGCGGCUACAAGGAUGAAAAGUUGUUCGACGUGGUCACGGACGCCAUCCGUUUCGCAGUUCCCCACGAGCUUAUCUUCAACAAGGUCUCGGACAACAUAAUCAACGUCUUCAAGUCGGUUCAGCAGCUGCACCACCGGUUCAGGACGGGCACUAACGAGUACAUCCUGGAUAAGGGCCCAGAGUCCCCCAAGUCAAUCCCAAAGGUGUCGCUACGCAGCCGGACGUUCCUAUUCGAGCUCGAGGAUGGUGCGUUCGAAUGGAAGCUCGGUAUGAUAUACAGGACCGGCCGCCUCGAGCAAAUGCAACGGCUUGCUCGCGAGGAAGCGUUCCAGGUCAAAGUGAAGAAGAUUCACGAGGAGGAGCUGAAGAGAGAGUCAACCAAGUUCAGGACUCGGUCUGCCACGAGAAGUGGCAGAUCAAAAUAUGAUGGGUCUCCGGGAAGGAGAAGCCAUAGCGAAGACGGGAGGCCGCGGUCGAGCUCGGAGAGCCAGCUGCGAGGCCCCGCGCCGCGGUACGAGCCCGAUGAUGCGGGCCUCGGAAUGAGCGGCAGAGCCCGUGUAUCCAUCAAAGAGGCGAGACGGCGGCUGGACGAGCACAACUCACACAGCUGGAAGAGGCGGAUAGACCGCCACUUUGCCGCGGCGCGAAACAGCAUGAGCGAGUUCCGGAGCCUCUUUUGGGGCGCCGAUCAUCUCCCCGACGACGUUGACGACGACGAGCAUAUACUAGAGGUCCCACAGCGUCCGGCCCUGAUGUCUACGCUGGUGCAUGACCUGCACUUCGUUGUUGACAAGCCGUCCUUCCCGUCGCGAGACCUCCCUGACUUUCUGCACAAGGUCGGCAAGGGGAUGCCGAAGGACAUGAAAUACUCGCUGCUCGUGCCCAUGAACGUGGCGGUCGACAUGGGAGAGGUCAAGGUUUCGCUGAGGGACUAUCCACUGCCCCUGCUGCACGUGCCCAGCCUCAAAGCCGGGCAGUCGCCGCGGCUAUCGGCCUUGUCCCUGAAGACAGACUUUGUCAUCGCCGAGGAGUUCCAUGGCUCCGAGUCGACUCGCAGAGUACGGGUGACCAUUAUCCCGCCCAAAGAGCCAUCCCCGGAAUCGCCGGGCAACGGCGGCUUCGCCAUCGACGUGCGACGGACUGUAGGCCCGGUCAAGUCGUACUCGGACAUCAACGUCGACAUCAACACGGCGCUACCUACCAAGCUGACGUGGGGUCCGUGCUACCAGCCCGCCAUCCAGGACAUGAUGAUGGCGAUCGAAUCCUUCACAAAACCGCAGCUGGAUCCAUCGGAGCGUGUGGGUUUCUGGGACAAGAUUCGCCUAAACUUGCACUCGCGCGUGCGUGUGGCUUGGAAGGCAGACGGCGACGUUCACUUUGCGCUCAAGGGUACGCGCGACCCUUACCAGGUCACGGGUAACGGGGCGGGCUUCCUCAUGUGCUGGCGCAACGAUGUACGCUGGAAUGUGCACGUGGACGACGACCCCAAGCGCUUCAUGACGGUGGACAGCGGCGAGUACGUGCUCGCGGUGCCGGACUAUAGCAGCUACGCGCGCGGGGCCGCACGCCGUGCCGCCGAUCCGGGCGCCAUGUCGACCGAAGACUCGCACAAGUCCGGGGCAGCGUUUCAAAAGGUCAUCAUGAAGCUGUCGGGGCGUGUGCAGUGGCUCGCAGGGCUGGUGUUUGAGCAGGCCAUACAGGACGGGAAGCGAAGGUUCGACUUCAAACCGCACUACGAUGUCGUGCUCAAGACACCACAGUUCGCCAAGCCCACGGGUGACAAGCCGUACGACGCAUUGCGUGGGUUCAGGAGCCAGCACAUCCACCUGUCGGUUGCGGUGUGCGCGCCGGUGGACAGGGAGUGGACGACGGCCAACCCGGAGCCCUCGCGCAGCUACAACGCAGUCCACCUCACCCCCCGCUUCUUCACCCACUUCUUUGCUUGGUGGUCGCUCUUCGGUGGCGGUACCAUGUCGCUGCCGAUCCGGCAGGGGUCGCUCUGGCCGGGGCGAGAAAAGAACAGCAAGAAGUUUGGCAGACACCUGGCGACCAUCAAGUACAACCUGCUGCUUGCGCCUCUCUUCCUGAGCCACAUAUACAGGCAUAAGGACGCCGAGGACCCUUCGGAGAUGGCGGUACAGGCGACAGGGAUCAAGGUCAGGUUCGACAGCUUCAUGCUGGAUCUACAUCAGAGGAGGGAGGAGUUCAACACACGCGAAAAGGGGAGCGGCAAAUCGCAUCAGGCGCGGACGACGGGUAUGAAGAUCCACGCCGGGCAGCUGGACCUGGCAUCGGUAGACGUGCGUGCUGUUUCUGCCAACAUCCGAUCGGCGGCGGCCGAGUCGAUCAAUGAGAAUUCGCUUCCCGGGCUCGACCACGGUGAUGACGACGCCGACCUCUCGCGCUUCACGAUUCCGGACCACGACUUUAGCUGGAUCGACAUGGACGACUUUGUCGAGCUUGAUACGCCCAUGCGGGCCGAGUCCAACGCUGAGACCAAGAUUCUACCUCUGAUGUUUGCCCCUCGGGUCACGUACUUCCGACAGACAGACAUUGGCGGAGUGAUUGCUGGUGACACGACCAGGAGCAGCUCCUUCGGCGAGGAAGAAACGCACUUGUGCAUAAUGAGCCGUGAUGACGAGCCACGGCGGGUACAGGAGCAGCUUAUUCGCAAGCGGCUCGCGCCGCUGUCAGAGCAGAUCGAGGCGAACAUUCGCACGCUGGGUGAACUCGAGCUCCGGCUGAUCAAGACCGACCAUCAAGACGCCGAUCUGAAGACGCAAUUUGAGCAGCUCACGCGCCACGGCCAGGUGCUUGAGGACAAAAAGAAAUUCCUGGAGAGUAUGCUGCAGCAAAUGCAGCAGAGCCGCCGCGCGGAGGAGUCUGGCGGCGGCGGUGGCGAGUCCAGGGAGAGAUCAGACACGUCAGUGUCGAUACCGCUCUCGGAAGGGUCCAUCUCGCUGCCGUCGGGCGCCGAGUUUGCCAGCGACUUUAAGAAUCGGUUCGUGGUGCACAACAUGCAGCUCAAGUGGAAUAACCUCCUACGCAACAUCAUCCUGCGUUACAGCCACCAGGUCAGCCAACGGCGCGGGUUCGUGUACUACCUCUCGCGGCCGGCCAUCAAGUUCAUCCUGGACAUCGUUGAGGAGCAGAAUAAGACCAAGGCAUCACGGCCGACGAACGCCUCAACGCCGGCACCGUCUGGGGCCACGGCAUCGCCGGACCCAGGCGGUAUGGACCAGGACACGACCAGGGAGAUCGAGGAUACGAUCCGGCGCAUGAUGCAAGACGCCAAGAGGUUCGAGGGCACCCACGGGCGGGCGGCGGGGGCCGGGGAGGUGCCGGGCGGUGUAUCGAUUGGGGACUUGACUGGCGGCAUCGCCGACGGGUUCACGCCGCAGAACAGCUACCACGUGCGGCUGAUCGCGCCGCAGAUCCAGAUGCAGAGUGCUAAGAACACAAAGCACGUGGUGCUAGUUACAGCCAAGGGCAUGGAGCUCAAGGUGGUCGAGGUGCUGGACAAGGACCGGGUGUCGGACUCGGUCAGCGGGCUGGUACAGCGGCGGUUCAUGGUCAGCAUGGACAGCACGCAGUUCUUUGUGACGCACCAGAAGUGGUUCUCGACUCAGCUGCUGUCGGCGUCGUCGGGCAGUACGUACGGGACGCCGCUCGGCACGUUGUGGCCGCCGUGGGUGCCGAUGGAGGUCAUGUUCGACUUCCAGACGUCGCCGCUCGGCUUCCGGCGCGUGGUGCAGAAGACGUCGGCGACGCUGCGCUACGACAAGUACAACACACUGCGGCUCAAGUACAACGACGAGGUCAACAACACGGGGGCGGGCGGCGAGGCCAACAGCACCGAGUCUUCGCCACACGAGGCGCCGGCAGAACAGCGCAUGGACAACCUGUGGGUCGAGUUCCCGCAGGCGCGCGCGUUGUGCAACUCGUCGCAGUACUACGCCAUGUACGUCAUCGUGCUGGACCUGCUGAUGUACAGCGAGCCGACGGAGAAGCACCGCAGCGAGCGGCUCGAGAAGAUCAUGCUGGCGUCUGACUUCAGCGACCUGCGGGGCGCGCCCGAGAUGGUGGUCAAGCUGCAAGACCGCAUCCGCCAGCUGCAGGACAUCCGCACGCACUUCCAGGUGCACGCCAAGCACCUGGAUCGCCGGAGCUGGGAGCACCGCAUGGCGCUGGAGCGCGACCUCGCAACCUGCGAAGACGAGCUCUUCUUCACCAUGAAAGCCAUCACGUCGUCGCAGGGCAAGUACGAGGCGGCGACGCAGAACAACGCACUGCUCAAGUGGAGCAUCUCGGCCCGCGAGAUCGUGUGGCACCUGAUCCGCGACAACAGCGAGCCGCUGGUCGAGUUGCAGCUCAAGGACGUCGAGUACGACCGCACCGACAACGCCGACGGCUCCCACUCCAACGAGGUGCGUGUUGGCAAGAUCCUGGGCCUCAACCUGCUGCAGGACGCCAUCUAUCCGGAGAUGAUUGCGCCCUAUGUCGACGAGCGCAACGGCGGUGCCGCGCCUGCGAGUGCCACCUCCACCAGCAUGGCAACCUCGUCGUUAGCAGCAUCGUUGGCGGCGGCAGCUGUGGCAAAGGCGCGGUCGUCGUCGGCCGACACGGGCAGCCAGCCUAUGAUCCAGGUCCGCUGGAACAUGCUCGAAGCUAUCGCCGGCAUCCCCGUUAUGUCGCACUUCGAGGUCAACCUCUUCCCGCUCAAGAUCCAGCUCGAGCGCGAGGUGGGCAAGAAGCUGUUCGAGUAUAUCUUCCCGGAUAUGGAUAAGGAUCGCCAGGCAGCGGCGGCAGCGGCGGCAGCAGUGGCGGCAUCCAGCAAGGGCGACUCGCCCUUCACACUCCGGGGCGCGGGCCCAGAUCACGACGAGGGCGGUGACGAGCCACUGGCGGGAGGUGGCCACAGCUAUGGCCACCACCAGCAGUACCUGAGUGAUAGAGACGCCUCGGCGGCGUUCGACACGCGGGCCGGGUCGCUAGAGCUGCGGCUCCGGCCCACGCUCACGUCGGAUGCGCAGGCGGUGGGACCAAAGUCCAAGGCAGUCAGCGUGCACUCGGUCGAGACGGGCCACUCGUUCCGGCUGUUCCGGUCGUCGGCGACGGGGGCGACGUCGCGCACACCGAGCAAGAAACCGUCGGCCGAGUCUCUGCGGUCGUUCGGGACGCCGAGGCCAGGGAUCGGGCGCACGACCACGGGCUUCUCUUCGAUUGGGGGCGAAUCCAAGAAGGGGUCGUCGCGGUUCGCGCUGCGCAGCAGGGGCCAGGGGGCGGGCGAAGACAAGGCUGACAAGCCGUCGGAUGACCUGACCAAGAUGAUCACGCGCGCCAGCAGCUACAUGACCUUUGCCUACAUCAAGCUUCCCUCGGUUGUCCUCUGCCUUAGUUACAAGGGCAAGGGCGACCGCAACCUCGAGGAUGUGCACGACUUUGUGUUCCGGCUGCCCACCAUCGAGUACCGCAACAAGACGUGGUCGAACCUGGACCUUGCCCUGGCCUUCAAGAGCCGAGUGAUCAAGGCGCUGAUCUCGCACACAGGCGCCAUCAUCGGCAACAAGUUCUCGCGCCACCGCCCAAACAUGGCCCAGCAGUCCAAGCUGCGCGAGCUGGCCUCCAGCUCCGUCCUUCUGAUGGGCCCGGCUGUGGCGGAAUCGAGGGACAACAGCGGCGACGACUCGUCCUCGCUUGUCGACUACUCGCGCUCGCCCCCGCGCUCGCUGCGCAGCUCUGAUUCGUCCAUCCCGGUGCCCCGCGGUAUCAGCCGCAGCCCGAGCGUCGCCUCGGGCAGCCGUGGCACGUCGACCAACGGCGCCCCGAGCUCGUCGUCGGGGCCAGUCGUCCCGGCCUUUCUGAUGAUGACACCGCCGACGCCCAAGGAGGGGCAGGCUCCCGGUUUUCCCUCAAGCAGCAACGGCAGCGGCAACGCGACGCCCUCCAGUGGCGACAGCCUCCGCCCAAAGUCAGUAGGCAGCAUGCGCCUCUUCAACGGAGUCUCCAACGAAGCACCUGAGCGGCGGCGCACUGCCCUGGGCGGCAUGCGAGAUAGGCUCACCGCGUUUGCUAGACGGAAAGACCGCGAGAGCUCCAGUGCCGACCCUCAAGGCCCGCGGGAAGAUGAAGGCAGCGGUGUGGAUGCUCCCGACGACAGCGAAGAGGAGGGCGGCCGGCACCCCGACGGCAGUCUUACAACAAGGCCGACCCGCGGCCCUGGAAGGGGAAGGCUGAGCCAGUAGCGCUCCUAUCACGCUUACCCCACGUCAUGUUUUUCUCACUCUUAUUUUCCAUGUCGUCAUGUCUUCUUUUUUAUAUUCUUCUUUUGUAAUAUUCCCUCCAUGUGCAUGCUUCUUUCUCAACCAUGUCGACGUCAGUACUCCCGAAC